GGUUCCGGUCCCGGCUCCGGGAGGCGGGGGAGAUGCUGCGGGCACGGAGGGGGCGGCCCGGGGCCGCAUUCCUGCUGCUCGCCGUCGCGGCGCGCGCCAUGGCCGGAGCGCCCACGGUCUCGCUCCCUGAACUGCGUUCGCUCCUGGCCUCGGGCCGGGCCCGGCUCAUCGAUGUGAGAUCUCGGGAGGAGGCGGCAGCGGGGACCAUCCCGGGGGCGCUCAACAUCCCGGUGUCUGAGCUGGAAAGUGCCCUGCAAAUGGAGCCCGCCGCUUUCCAGGCUGUGUACUCCGCCGAGAAGCCGAAGCGGGACGAUGAGAAUCUCAUUUUCUUCUGCCAGAUGGGCAAGCGGGGUUUGCAGGCCACGCAGCUGGCCCAGGGCCUUGGAUACACAGGGUAUGGGGGAGGGCUCGCAACUACGCAGGGGCCUAUAGAGAAUGGUUCCAGAAAGAAGGUUAGGUAGAAGGUGGCUUACUGAUGGCCCCCUCUCCCUCCCCACCGCGGCCACCGUAACUGCGGGUGGUGGAGGGUCUGUCUCCCCAGCUGGCGCACUGCUUACAGUGCUCUGCGCGCAAAAGCAUCAAAUAAAGACCGUUUACUCGAA